AGACAAGUACUUCGAAGUUGUGGAGUGGAUGACAUAUAUAUAUAUAUGAGAUGAGGGGGUUGCCUGAGGAUGAAGCUCUCCAGCUUUUUAGUUGGUACGCUUUUAAGCAAAGUAAUCCUAACAAAGAUUAUGAUGACCUAUCAAAAAGGGUUGUAAAAUAUGUUGAAGGUGUUCCAUUAGCUCUAAAAGUGUUGGGCUGCCAUUUACUUGGUAAGUCAAAACAAAUAUGGGAAAGUGCAAUAAAUAGAUUAGAAAUAAUUUCUCAUAAGGAUAUUCAAAAUGUACUAAAAGUUUCUUACGAGGGACUCAGUGAUGAUGAACGAAAUAUAUUUCUAGAUAUUGCCUGUUUCCUUAAGUUGGAGAAUAUAGAAUUUGUGAUGGACUUUUUGAAUGCUUGUUACUUGGAGGUUGAAAGCCAAGUAAGUGUUCUCAAAGACAAGUGUCUCAUGACCGUAUCAAGAAAUAAUAAGGUAACAAUGCAUAAAUUGCUUCAAGAUAUGGGAAGGGAAAUUGUCCGACAAGAAUCCCCAAGCAAUCCUGGUAUACGUAGCCGUUUAUGGAACCAUAUAGAUAUCGAUAAUGUAUUGAAGGAAAACAAGAUGUCUAAUGCAAUCGAAGGCAUAUGUUUAGACAUGUCUAUGCAAACAAAGAUCAUAUACUUACAACCUUCUUCUUUUGGAGUGAUGGAUCAACUGAGAUUCUUUAAACUACAUAACUCAGUGAAUAAUAUCAAUAAGGUGUAUGUUUCCCACGGGCUUAGUUCUAUUUCCUCUGAGCUACGAUACAUAUGUUGGUAUGGAUGUCCAUUGAAAUCAUUGCAGCCAAAUUUUCUGUCAGAGAACCUUGUUGCACUUGACAUGCCUCAUAGCCAUAUUGAACAACUUUGGUCAAGUGUUCAGCUUGAUAAUUUGAAACAUAUUGAUCUAAGUUUUUCUAAACAUCUGAGAAGCCAAGAUCUCUCAUUGACUCCAAAUGUUAAAAUUUUGGUUCUGGAAGGUUGUACAAGUUUACAUGAGAUUUCCUCGUCUAUUCACGGUUGCAAAUACGAGCUUCAUAUGUUAAAUCUAAGGCACUGCAGAAGCCUUGAGAGUCUUCCAACAGACAUUCAUGUAGCAUCUUUCGAAAAAGUUAUCUUUUCUGGAUGUUCGAAACUCAAGCAAUUUCCACAGGCCUCGUGGGAUAUGAAAGAGAUUUAUUUAGAUGAAACUGCAAUCGAGGAUUUGCCCUCAUCAAUAGAGAAUUUAUCCAGACUAGUUAUAUUAAAUCUUGAGGACUGCUCAAUGCUUCAGAGGCUCCCGAGCAGUAUCUACCAGUUGAAAUCUCUUCAAUAUCUCAAUCUCUCGGGGUGUUUAAAACUUGAUGGAUUGCCUGAUAAAUUGGGAAAUUUAGAAGCUUUGAGGGUGCUUAAAGCAGAGAGGGUGGCUACAAGAGAAGUACCAACAUCCAUUCUAAAUUUAAGAUGUCUAGAAGAGUUAGAUCUGACCAACUGUAGUAUUGUGAAGUUGCCGAACAAUCUUGGUCAGUUAUCAUCGCUAAAAAGUUUACUUCUUGGCAGAAACUUCUUUGACAGCAUUCCAGAAAGUAUAGAACAGUUGUCUGAAUUAUCUUAUCUUGAUGUUAGCUAUUGCGAGAGGCUUCAAAUCCUGCCAAAGCUUCCGAGCAAACUGGACAAUAUAAAUGCAAACAAUUGCAUAUCAUUGGAAGAACCACUAAGUUUACGAGAUCUUCUGAAAAGAGAUUUUUCUCCCAGCAUAAGAUUUAACUUCAGCAAUUGUUUCAAACUGAAUCAAAAUUCCUGCAGUAAAAUUAUGAGACAAUUUCAAAUGUCAGCGAAUCUUCAAAUUUUAAGGGGAUUGGGACAGGAAAUUUUUCUAGAAACUGAUAGAAGUUAUUUCUGUUUUCCGGGAAGUGAAAUUCCAGAAUGGUUUACCUUGCGUGCUAAAGGUUCUUCUGUAUGGUAUCCAUGGCCAAAUUUUUGCAGUAGUGACGUGACUUCUCUUCUUAUCUGUGUUGUGGUGGGGUUUCGAGACUAUAAUAAAGACCAAGGUUUGGCGAUUGGCUUGGACUGGUUGCUCCAGAGAGAACAUGGAGCAGAAGUAGUUAUCCAUGGAACUUGGAGUGUAUGGGACAAUGGUACUGGACCCGACUAUCUGGAAUCAGAUCACGUAUUCCUGGGAUUUAAUCAUACUUUCAAGUUCGAUGAUCUACUUUUACCCAGAGAUGAAAGAUAUCAUGGCAUAGGCAUCCGAUUUCACGUUCAGAAUUCAUAUGCUGAAAGACUACACUACUGCAACGUAAGGAAGUGUGGAUUUUUUGGUCGAGAUCUGAAUCCACUCAGGGUAAAUAAGUUACCAUUGCUUUUUCCCUUUUACUGUGUUAUCUAUCUUUUUAAGAUCUUAUUUUACUUCGAUUCUCGGGUAUAUGUGCCACAUGUUUAUCUUUCUUUAUUUCAUCUAACCAUUACCAAUGCCAUUUGUCAUUGGUUUUCAUUUGUUAUACUUCACUUACGAUCUAGGCCAAAUGUUCCACAAACAAAUUCUCUUCUUAUUCAUAUAACAUUGAUUCAAUGUAAAUUAGAAUCUUCCCCUAUUCUAAUUUCACUUACACUUGAUGGAGAAAAAUUUUGUGAUAAAUAUUAGUUUGUUAUCAAUUUUCUCACUUA